GCGUGGCGUGAUCUGGCGAGUGCAGGCGAGCGGCGCGGAACGUUGUCUUGAGUCAACGUACGAUACCAGUGCAACGUUCAUAAAAAGUGUGUAUGAGUAGUGACAGAAAGAGAAAGUGCAAACAUAUAUAUGGUAACACUGGAUUUAUAAAAGGCGGCGAUAACUUCUGAAUAAAAGAUGCAGAUGCUGGGGACGUGUGAAGAAGGGAGCCAGGAUGCCGGGGAGGAUGCCUUUACCCCGUUCUUUACUCCCCAACACUCGGCCAACUCCGCAUUCGUACUCCAAAACUCCCAGGACUCCGUGGAUGUGUACCACGAUGCAUUUUCUACUCUGCAACGUGUUCGCCUGAACUCUUUCGGGAGAUGCGAGAGAAAACGCCACUCCAGCCUUGGUACUGAACCAGUGGAGAUGCAGGUUGAGAUGGAACCCGUGGAAGACUCGACCGAAACAACCGGGAUGCUCCCGAAGAGCUGCGUGUGGGCCUCCAGCGGGUGAGGGAUGAGUUCAAGAUCGAAAAUCUGCGACUCCAGCACUCAGCGCCUCACCUUUUUGUCUCUUCACAG